AUGUGUUCUCCAGGAUUCGCAAGCAAAUAUGUAUUUGUUGCAAUUGCAUCCAUUGUCAAAGUGUUUGCACAGAUUCCUAGUGCAACAUAUGAAUUUGGAAGAGACUGCAAUGUACAUCUUGAAAACGUGAAUGAGGAUCGUCCAGUAGACGUAACAUACAACGGAGAAAAAGUUUCAUGCUCGAAUCAUUUUUCAUUUAGAAUUGAAAACCAAGUUAAUUCGGAUACCUAUGCAAUUUGCGUUACACCCAAAUAUUUCAAGGACCCAGAUUGUGCUGUUGAAUUAAGCUUUGAAUAUGCAUUUACAGCUAAUAAGCUUCAGUUUAUUAACUGUACCAGUUAUUACGAUUCCAAAUUCUGUGCCUCUGUGGGACGGGAUCUGCACAUACUCUUUGAAAAGCACGAGGGAAAAACCCCAUCAAACUCAAAGUUCAAAUUUCUAGUCACUGCUAAAAAGGUUCCUUAUUAUCGGGAAGAACAUAAGAAUAACUUCGGUUUAAUUGGUGGUGGUGUUGGUGGAUCAAUUUUUCAACUGAUACUUUGUUUAGCUUGUUGUCGUCGUUUGAGAAGGAAAUCUUCAGAAGGACGAGUAUUGAGUCGGACACCUACAAAUGAAACUUCAACAGUACAUCAAAUUUCACAUCCACCUACAUCGUACCCCAGUCAAUCAACAACACAUGUUGUCCCAUCAUAUCUGGAUUCCCCAAGCUCAUCAUAUCAUUCAGCAGGAGAUGAUAUGCAACAUCAUUUCCAAUUUCGCCAUCCUGCAGAUUUUCAUGUGCUAAAUAACAAAGACAACAAAUCUGCACCCCCACCAAGCUAUGAUGAAGUUUUCAACAACAAAAUUCGUCCUUAAACUUUAAUUGUUCAAAUGUCCAUUCAAAACAACAGAACAUGGAAUAAAAAAUAAUAAUUUUUUGGGACUAGACGACAAUCUCAAUAUGGUCACAUGAGAUUUCACUGAUGUUAAAAAAGUUAAACUGCUUUUCCAAA